UACAUGCCGCGCCGCCAUUUUUGCACAAACAACAUUCGUCUUUUGAUUUCUAUUACUUCCACGUUCAUCCAUUAUGUAUCCUAACUGGGGUAAUGUCCAAGGAGGAUAUGGACUUUAUGGACAGAUGGAUCCAAACUACCAGCAGCAGUUGUUACAAUGGCAGCAGAUGAAUCAAGUAGGAGGACAACAAUGGGGGAUGUAUGGUCAGUCCGCUCAGCCGCCACUGCCAGCCGGGGGUGACACCAAGCCACCGCCACCCGAGCCCCCAGCCGACGAGAAACCACCACUCCCUCCCGACCCACCACCUGAUGGGGGAGAAACUAAGGAAAAAGAAAUGAAGCCCAUGUCUGAUGCAGAAAAGCAGAAACUGACUCAGCUGCAGCAACAAGCAGCACAAUGGCAACAGCAACAAACAUGGACACAGCAGCAACACAGAGCGGGACAGGGAUGGGGUCAACAACAGGGGGGUAUGCAGCAGCAUGGUGGCAUGCAACAACAUGGUGGCAUGUAUCAACAUGGUGGUAUGCAGCAACAUGGAGGUAUGCAACAUGGUGGCAUGCAGCAGCAGCAGGGAAACAUGCAACAGCAAGGUGGCAUGCAGCAGCAAGGAGGCAUGCAGCAGCAAGGAGGCAUGCAACAGCAAGGUGGAAUGCAGCAACAGGGAAACAUGCAACAACAAGGUGGCAUGCAGCAACAAGGAGGCAUGCAGCAACAAAUGUCCGGAGGUUCAGGAAAUCUCCAACAAAGAAUAGAAGCUGUUUCACAAGAGGAGAGAGAAUUUGAUGUGCAAUACCAGCAGUGGAAGAAACAGUAUGAUGACUGGCGGGAACAGAAUCAGAGUAAGUAGGAAUUGUUGUCAGAU